AUGCAAGAGGCUCAAAGACAAGCUCUUACCCUCCCCUCUCCACAGACCUUUGAGGAUGAAAAUAGAGCUCGCGCUUCAUGGAUGUUUUUUGCAGCCGCAGAAGAAUCAUUUCUACAUCAAAAAAGCAGAGUUCGUUGGCUUAAUGUUGGGGACCUGAACACAGGUGUUUUUCACAAAGCAGUGAGAGCUAAUUUAUCAAGAAAUGUCAUUCAUUACCUUCUUUAUGAGUUGGAUAGGAGGGUCUUUGACUCAUCAGCCUUGAAGGACAUGAUUAUUCAGUACUACUUAAGUCUUUUGGGUACUGAAAAUCAGGACAUAUCCCCUUUCUCGGUGGCACAAAUCCAGGAGAUCCAUCCGUUCAGAUGCUCGGACGAUCUAGCUGCUCAAAUGAGUGCAAUUCCUACUGAUGAAGAGAUUCGAAAAACUAUUUUUUCCCUACCGAAAAGCAAAUCUCCUGGUCCCGACGGUUUUUCUGUGGAGUUCUUUCUAUCUUCAUGGGAUUUGGUAGGAGGUGAUCUGAUAAAAGCAGUUAAAGAUUUUUUCUUAAACCCGGAUUUAUCUCAUCAAGUAAACUCCACGGUCUUAGCUCUUCUGCCAAAGGUUCCGGGUGCUUCAAGACUUUCAGAGUAUCGCCCCAUCUCCUUGUGCAAUACAGUUUACAAGGUGAUCUCAAAGAUAAUAGGAAGCCGACUGAAGCUCAUUACUCCCCUUGCUGUCCAGAGAAACCAGGUCGGAUUCAUUACAGGUCGCCUUCUUUGUGAAAAUGUCUUGCUAGCUUCUGAGCUCGUUUCAGAUUUCAACAAGCCAGGAGAUGUUACAAGAGGAUGUUUACAGAUAGACAUCACAAAAGCUUAUGACAACGUUGAUUGGCAGUUUGUGCUAAAUAUUCUUGAUGCAUUUGAGCUUCCUGAGUUGCUUAUUCAAUGGAUCCGGAGCUGUGUAACUUCCCCACACUAUUCUGUUGCUUUUAAUGGUGAGCUCAUUGGGUUUUUCCCGGGGAAGAAAGGUCUAAGGCAGGGAGAUCCUAUCUCCUCCUCUCUUUUUGUGUUAGCAAUGGACAUUCUCUCUAAGAAGUUGGAUAGAGCAGCGCAGAGCAGGCAGUUUGGGAUCCAUCAUUGGUGUUCCUACCCACUUAUUACCCACUUAUCUUUUGCAGACGAUAUGCUAAUUUUCUUUGACGGUUCUACAGCAUCAUUGGGAGUAAUUAUCCAGUUACUUAAUGAGUUUCAUUCUGGAUCUGGUCUUUGCCUUAAUCUCGCCAAAACUGGGUUAUUUGUUGAUGGAGCUAAUCAUACAGUCUCUAGAGAAAUGGCUGCUUCUUUUGGGUUAAGUCAAGGUAGCUUACCUGUUCGUUAUUUAGGCCUUCCCUUAAUGCCUCAUAAGCUUCGGCCACAUGACUAUCAACCCUUGAUCGAUAGAGUUACGAAGAAAAUCAAAUCGUGGACUCUCCGGAAUCUCUCUUUUGCAGGACGGCUUCAGCUCAUCCAGUCAGUUCUUUAUGGAUCUCUUUGGGUUGCUUGGGUUAAGCACAACAUCAUUGGAGAUAGGCUGCUUUGGGAUGCUGAUUUUUCAAAUUCAGGGUCUUGGUUGUGGAGAGGUUUAAUGAAUUUGAGACCAUUAGCCCGUCCAUUUCUGUCCUGCUUCGUGCAAUCAGGAGACACAGCAUUGUUUUGGCAUGAUAAUUGGACGGGUUUGGGACCACUGCUUGAGAUAACAGGUGCUAACGGUCCAAGAGUUUCUGGAAUAUCUGCUCUCAGUUCGGUUUCAGAGGCCAUUAGAGACGGAGAAUGGACUUUGACAAGAGGUAGACAUAGGAUCAUUCAGCUACUGCGAGCGUGUCUUCAGAUCCAACCUCCAGACCUUAUUGCUGAAGCUGAUGACUAUUUUCUUUGGAAUACUUCUCCUAAUACUGUUCCUGGACAGUUCUCGGCCUCUAAAACAUGGGAAGCCUUACAUCCUUCGCCUCCAACAGUACCGUGGUACAACUCUAUUUGGUUUAAACAAGGAAUUCCAAAACAUGCCUUUCAUGCUUGGGUCUCAGUGAGAAACAGGCUUCCUACAAGAGACAGACUUCUCAGAUGGGGAAUGAGUGUCCCAUCAACUUGUCUGCUUUGUGGUGUAGCUGAUGAAACACGAGAUCAUAUUUACCUCUCUUGCACAUUCUCUAAGGACAUAUGGGAUUCUUUUUUUGGUCAAGGUGGUUUCAAUCAACCGUAUGGUUUUGCCGACGUUAUCAGAUGGAUGCAUCACUCAACUCCACCUGGUAAAUUGAGAACAAUUUGCAAGUUAAUUGCACAGGCUGUCUUCUAUGCGAUUUGGAAUGAGAAAAACAAAAGGUUGCAUACUUCAGUGGCUAGACCCCUUCAGCUAAUUACAAAGGAGAUCAAGAUUAUUUUGAAAGCAAAGUUAUAUGGUAUGGAUCAGAACAUUAGGAAUAACAACAGGCUCAAUUCGAUCAGGCAUAACACCAUUGACACAUACUUGCAUUCAUGGUUUCAGCACUUCUCCUUGUGA